CUGUCCUUCGCUGAGCGGGAUGAGGAACUGGCACGAAAGGUAUGCGCCGAUGAUGAUGUGGUGGACGACCUGUAUGACCAGAUCUAUCGCGAAUUGCUCACCUACAUGCUCCAGGAUCCGCGCACCAUACAGCGGGCAACUUACCUGCUGUGGGUGGCCCACGACCUGGAACGAAUCGCCGACCGGGCGACCAACAUCGCCGAACGCACGUUGUGGUUGAUCUCCGGGCACACUGUCAGCAACCGCGACCUCAAAUCCGACCGUACAUUGCGCUAA